CGAAAAUGUUCUAUUAGUGAUACAGAUUUCCUUGUAUAUGCGCAUCAUUUUUAAAGAUUUAAAAACAUGGUAAAACAAUGCUGUAUAAAGUAUUUCAUAAAAGUUUAAAAAAAAGUUAUAUUCAAAUGUGGAUUACUUAUUGCCCGCGUUUAAGUUUUGUUUCAUUCUUGUUAUGGCUGUCUAUUCUCAGGACAACGAAGUACAAAUUGAAUUUGUAAGGAUAUCCGACAAUCGACUAAAUAGACCACAAAUUGUCACUGAGCUAAUUGUUGACCAUUUAAGUACUGAUAUAUUCCAGGUUAUUUGUAAGUUGAACAACGUGAAUAAUUUGAAAACUCUGAAAUGGAUAAUAUUGUCGCAGACUGAUGGUCAUUUAGGCCUCCGAAUACAGAACUUUGAUUCAUCACAUACAAAAUCAUACAAGAAACCUGAUUUGUAUUCAAAUGUGUUGGGCUGGACUGCUAUCGGUCGCUUUGACAAGUUGACAAGUAAUAGUCGGCACACAACACUUGGUGCCUCCCGGCCUGUGUCCUCAUUUAAUUGUACAGAUGCUAGGAAGUAUCAAUGCAUGUCGUUUUUCGUAGACUAUAAUUCGAAACGUAGACAUGGAGACAUACACAAGGAACUCAAUAUACAAGUAACACCUGCGGACAUCAAGAAGGAAAUGCUUGAUGAAAGCAGUGGUAGAUAUGAAUUAACUACAAUUGUUCAUGUUGGCCAGACAUUACGGCUUCAAUGCACGGCCAACAUUGGGUCUUUCAAAACAUCAGUGAAAAUGGUUUGGAUGAAAAGUAGUCUGCAGAACGGUGGUCAGCUUGCCCCCUUUUCCUCCGGUAAACAGAUAGUCCAGGAACCGAAAGCUUUUGGCAGUUGUGAGUUUGACAUGACUGAUACGCUUUUUUACAAUGUAAGUCAAGAAGACGCUUUGAGAACGUCAGAUAAUGAUCUUCAAUUCCAAUGCUUUGUUCAUAUUACGUCGAUAGACUGGAAAACACCUGAGAAACAACGACAGAAUUUCCAUUUCCUUGUCUAUUCGAACGAUGAAAACACACUCAUUCAAAAUGAAACGAAAACUAAGGAAAUUACUGCUAAUACGACAAUUAUGACGGGAAUUAUUGGAGGGGUUUGUGCUUUGGUUAUUCUGGGAGCCGCCGGGAUGUUUUGGAAAAGAAAGUACGCUUAUCAAGGCGUUCAAAAAACAGCAGCAGGCAUCUUAAAUAUGUUUGUUUCAUUCAGACGACAUUCAAAACAUACGAAGACAGUAAGUAGUAAUAACUUCAACAUACUUGUUAAAUUGCAAGAGCUUGAAGUAAUAGGAGUUAAAGCAAAUGCACGUAAAUAUCCAUGUAAUACUGGUAACAUACGGUUUCUGUUUUUCAAAACAAUAUUUUGAUUAACAAUGACAGUAGGUCAUAUUAAUUUUAAAAGUACAAUCAAAACAAAAACAGUUAUGAGGAAUGCAUUUUAAUGCAAAGAUCAAUUUACUUUAUUCUUUAGAAAAAUAAUUGUCUACGGUGCUAGUUUAAUUGUUCAAUAACUUGACUCCUUAAUAUUCGUUUAAAUUUCGAGUGAAGACGAACAGAGGGUUCGACAUACACCUUUCAGACAACGGAGCCGAUACCAUAUGAUUGCUUAGACUUGAGGGAUUUAAACCUAUACACUGAAUUAGAAGAAACCUCUGCUAGUCAAGGACAGUAAGACAUAACUUGAAAACUACCGCAGCAUGUUAAUACGAACAGGUGGAUUGAGUUUCAUCGUUCAGACAACGGAACCGUAACAAUACGAAGAGUUAGGCGCGAGCGACUCAAAACCAUACUCAGAUUUAGAGUGUCCGAUGUAUCAAAACACAUGUGAAUGAAGACUACACAAAGGCUGCAUCAGUUUUCUCUCAAUGCCAUAUACCAGACAAUGAGACAAUCGUGUGUUUAAGACAAAUGUGGGCAAUAAUGCCCAGACACCAAACGCUCCCAACAAAUGUCGUUUUAAAAAAAACAUAAACAAAAGUCGCGGUGUAAUAAGUUGUUUAUUACUUAUGUAUUUGUAUUUGUUCACCACAAUUUCUAGUCUAUCACUUUUUCUCUUAAAUAAUGCGAUCGUAGUUUGUUAAAUUCAAUGAACAAUGUUUUUUCUUAUUAUUGAGAUGUUUUGUAAGAGGUUCGUAAGUGACGUUGAUGUAAAACUUGCAGUAAAAUCUCCUUGAAUUUGAGAUUUUUGAAUUUGUUUCAAAAAUUGAGUAAACAUGGUUUUGGUAUUUCCAUUGAAUUUACUUGUUUUGCAUGCAAUUAAAUGUCAUUGAAAAUGUUUUAGUUUCUUAAAAAUAUCGCAUAUAAGACCAAAUGCUGAAAGAUUCGAAAGACGAUGUUUUUCAUUUUAUACAUAAGACUAGUUAAAAAGGUGGUUUAGAUGAAUAAAGUCUUGCAAACUACCGAACUGAUAUAGAUAUAUGUAAUAACUAUAAAAGUAUAAUAGUAUAACUAUUUUCCUUCAUUUUUUACCAAGAACUCUCAACGCAUUGUUG